AUGACCAACAGAAUCGACGCGUUGACCACUACGAUGACCAACAGAAUUGAUGCGUUGACCAACAGAAACAUGGAUACAAGAAAUCUUGCACGCGUAUUAAAUUCGCGUAUAACCGCUCCAGAUACGACACUGGAAGUCGUUUCAGAUAAGACUGGCAAUAUGCCACAAACUUACCCACAAACAAUUGCCACGCUUCGCGCAAUGACACGUCAAAACAUAGACGCGCUCUUAACCUUUUACCAACUCCCAACUACUGGAACAGUUGAAAAUAGACGCAUACGCCUUGCGAAACACUUAGGAAUUCGGCUGUUGUAA